AUGGAGAAGGAAGAUAUUGUAGCCAUGGCUUUAUCUGACCGCCUUUACUGGUUGCCUAAUUUCCAUUGGGCAAGGUUCUCCUUGGGUAUGGAGACAUGUCAACAGGAUAAAGAAGCAGCCAAAGUUGGAAUAUGUGACCAAAAAACAUACAACAGCAGGGAUUCGCUGGUGGUCACCCACCCAACUACUAACCUGCCGGCGUGUGGCUUAAGUACGGCUGAGCGGACGGGAAGCCCUGUUCUCCACACCCUAUGGUCGUAUAGUAACUACCUUAUAUAA